AUGGGGGACAGACAGGAAGUAUCAAUUGUAAACUCGUUAAAGACGUUCAAGGACGUUGCACAACUGUCCAAAACAAAAUUAAAACAUAUCGCUAAAAGUUUAAACAUUGACGUUGAAAAGUCGUUUGGAAAGAAAGCCAUACUUAAUCUUGUCUGUAAUGGUUUAAACAUAUCAACUUCGUCUACGAGUUCGUCUGUGCCGUUGCCCCAACCUGCUGAAGACCAAAGCUUACCGUCGAUAAGGCAGCUACAGAAACUAAAAAACUGGAGCAAGAGUCUCACUGGUUUACCGCAAGUUGUGGACGAGUCCAUGGUAAAGACCUUUUUAGUUGGAGUGGGUUAUACCAAAGCGGACGUCAAGAAAUACAAAACCCUUCGUGCUUGGGAGCACAAACAAGGAGUUCACUCUUUAAAGGUUCAUUCAUUACCAGAGUAUGAAAAUAUGUGGGUUUUAAGAGGUUGUUGCAACCCAUCAUUCUCCACCGAUCCAGAAGAAAUGAAGACGAUGUAUGUUGUCAUGCACAUGGAGACCAGCAAGCCAUUAUUUGCAUAUUGUACCUGCACAGUUGGUUUGCGAGGUAAUUGCAGCCAUGUUGGUGCUUUGUUGUUUGUCUUGGCUGACAUUAUUGCAGAAGGAAAAGUGCAAAUCCCUUCAGACCCUACUUGUACGGACUUACCUUGCUCAUGGACAGAACCUAAAGGUGCCAAAGUAAAACCAGCAAUGGUUGAAAAUAUAAAUAUUUACAAAGCUAAAGUGGGAGAGCAACCACCUGAAAAGAAAUUCCGACCAUCUCCUGCAAUAACAGAGGAUUUGUACAAAAACAGUGAUGAAAAUCCCCUAACAAAGGAAGAACGAAAAUCAAACUUGAGGCAGGCAAUUCUAGAAGCAAAUAUGGGUAAACCAAUGCCUCCCAUAAUUUACCUGUUAUCCAAGGUGGAAAAUGAUUCUGCCCAACCUGCAUCUGAGUGUAAUCUACCAGACGUUUAUAUUUGUGAGAAUUAUGCAAGUUUAGCUAUUUGUUGUGAUAUUGAGGUACAGACUAGCUCAUAUGCAAAUGCUGACAAUAAUGAAAUUGAAGAAAUCUUAGAGCAUAAUCUUGGUAAUACAAUUUGCUUGCAAGAAAUUCGAGAAAAAGCAGAAAAUGUUUUGAGUGAAAUAUGUGUAAGCCAAGAGGAAGUUGAGUCAAUAGAACGGGAAACCAGAGGCCAGCACAACAAUCCACUGUGGUUUACACACCGCAUGCCAAGGAUAACUGCAUCAAAGUGUAAGCGGGCAAUUCAAAAAGUGACUACAAGUCCCACUAAAGCAUUGCGUGACAUAUUGGGCUACAACAAGCGCAUCCAAACAUCAUACAUGCAAGAUGGAAAGGAUUCAGAACUCAAAAUUAUAGAAAUGUAUGAACAAAGAAACAAUGUCAAUGUCCAACCAUGUGGAUUUUUCAUAUCUGUCACCCAUCCGUUUCUUGGUGCAACACCAGAUGGUUUGGUUGGGGAUGAGGGUAUAAUUGAAGUAAAAAAGAUCCACCCACACACUGCAGAAUCCUUACUGGAUGCCCUCAAAAGGCAAUGUAUAUUAAAGGAAACAGGUGAUCAAGUCUCAUUUAAUAACAAUCACCCCUACUAUUACCAAAUUCAACAACAGCUGUUUUGUUCAAGAAGGUUAUGGGCUGAUUUUGUUGCUUCAGAUGGAAAGGCUAUAUUUGUUCUGAACACUGCUUACUGCCAGAAAUUUUGGGAACAGCAACUACCCAGGCUUAGGAAAUUUUAUUAUGACAUUAUUUUAUUGGAGCUUGCAUAUCCUCAGGUUAAGUUUGGACACAGUAGAAUUGGUAAACUUGGAAUUACAUAUGAAUCUCUCAGCACUGUUGUAAGAGAGGAAUAA